CAUGCCCGCCGCGCCGCCGUGAGCGCCGCGCUCUGUGUCAUGGGGCCGGACCUGGGCUGGGCCGCGCUAGUGCUGCUCUUCGCCGCCUCGCUGCUCACCGUGGCGGCCUGGCUGCUGCAGUAUUGGCGGUCCACGGCCCUGCGAGCGCUACGGCGCCGGGGAGCGGCGGGGGAGGAGGCCGGGGCCCGGGCGCUGCUGGCGGCCCUUCUCGCCCUCAGGUCCCUACGGGAGCAGUGGCAGCGAGCUUGGGUGCGAGCUCUCAACAGCCAGGCGCGCCGGCACGGGAGUUCAGUGCAGAUCACAUUUGAAGAGGGUCCUCAGUUACCACAAGCUGCAAAUAUAAGUUGUGUGACAUGCAAGGGACAGUCGGACCACAGCAUGGUGCUGUGCUGCCAUCUGUCAGCUGAAGCUGUGAAAUUCCCUGUCUCUGUUGCUCAGCAAUCACCAGUUGCUGUUUCUGUGGACACGUAUCAUGUCACUUUGGCUGUGCUGCAGGCUCAGGUGGAGAUCCACUUGGAGGAGAUACAGAAUGAGGGUCUCCUGGUGUCAUGGACAUUCAAAGACAGACCAGACUUGGACCUUUUUGUUCUUCCACGACUUGGGCUUCCUGAGAAGGAUGAAGGGAGAGCAGAUCUGUCCACUAUAAAGGAUCUGAUAGAGGAUACCAUUGUCAGCACGAAGCCGGCCAUGAUGGUGAAUUUGCUGGCCUGUACCUCUAGAGCCAGUGUGGUACCCAGCAAUAAGGUGACUCGAGAGUCCCCGUCUGGAGUAGCAGCAGCCCCUCUGGGUUCUAAGCUGUUGCUCCGGAAUCUUCGAGUGCUGAACUUGGGCUGCCAGGGGAAGGGAGGAGUUGGGGAGAUACGCUGCGUGGCAGAGCUAGACAGCCCCCCGCAGCAGAAGUGGACGAGGCCAAUGAUAGGUAGCAGUUUUGGUGCUGCAGGAGAGAUGGAGUGGAACGACGAGUUCUUUCUGGAAUUGGGACCUAGAAGCAAAGAACUGAAACUACAGGUACUGGGGAGCAGCAACAGAGGGGGAAAUGUGCUGCUGGCAUAUGCCACACUUUUGAUAGAUUCUUUGGGGAAGCAGCCCUCUGGGAGACAGGUCUGCUCACUGGCCCCGGGAGCUGGACAGUCACUGACACCUGAAGCUACCAUUACAUUGGAGCUGCUGUUCCAGGAGUCUUCUGCAUCUUUGAAUGCUCCACAUGCCACAUCUCUGCGAACCAGCAUCACCCCCACUAAGAAGGUGGAGAUGGACCGGACCAUCAUGCCUGACGGCACCAUUGUGACUACUGUCACCACAAUUCAGUCCCGGCCCAAGGCAGACUGCAAACUGGACUCACCAUCAAGGUCACCUUCCAAAGUGGAAGUGACUGAAAAGAAGACAACAGUGCUCUUGGAGACCGGCUGUCCUUAUGGCCACUUGCCCAGCAGUAGCCGGGAUAGCCAUUUGCCCAAUGGCUUGGAUCCGGUGGCUGAGACGGCAAUCAGGCAGCUAACUGAGACGAAUAACAAGACCACCAAGAAGACACCAACAAAACGUAGUACACUGAUCAUCUCAGGAGUGUCCAAGGUACCUAUUGCUCAAGAUGAAAUGGCACUUUCUCUUGGUUAUGCUGCAUCACUGGAGGCCACAGCGUAUGGGGACUCUGAGGCAGAGAGCUCAGCUGACCAGAUGCACGAUUUUACCAAAUUGUCGCGGCCGCUGGAACCAUCGCCGUUGGGUCAAAGGGACAGUCAGGAGCUGGAUGAGACAACGCGAUCAGACAUCUCUGAAAGACCAUCCGUGGAAGAUGUUGAGUCUGAAACUGGCUCCACGGGAGCCCUUGAGACAAGGAGCUUAAAAGAUCACAAAGUUAGCUUUCUUCGAAGUGGUACCAAGCUCAUCUUCCGGAGAAGGAGCAAGCAGAAGGAAGCGGGCCUGAGCCAGUCACACGAUGACUUGUCCAAUGUCACUGCCAACUCCACCACCAGAAAGAAAACUGGUAGCUUCUCUCACCGCCUCAUCAAACGCUUCUCCUUCAAGUCUAAAUCCAAAUCUAAAGGUAGUGACAACACAUCAGCUGGUGCGAACUGAAGGAGGGAGAAGCCCAUGGAAAGAUUUCUCAGAGAUCGUUUUCUAGUCUCUUGUCUUCCCACUCCAUGGUAUCUGUGACUUGCAGUCCAGUUCUUUCCAACCUUGGCUGAGGGAAGACACCCCAGUGCUUUAUGCUGUUUGGGGAGUGGAGGUAGCAAACCUGGGACUUGGGCUGUUUGGCUGCCUCGGCUUAGCCUUCUCUGCUUGUUGCACCCCACCAUGCUCUCCCAGAAAAUCCAGGUGGCAUGCUAAUCCCCCUGGGGGUUCCAGGAACUGCAGAAAUGACUCUGUGUGUGUCUUCAGGUGCCUCAUGGAAACGGGGCAGGUCUCUCAAGUGGCAACCUUCAGAGUUAAAAUCCAGAAACUACAACUACUGGGUUAGCUACCAUGCUGAGAAGUGUGGGAUGUAGCCUCAUUGAGCUCUUUUAGUGACAGAGGAUGAUGCAGUCACUGAUGAUCUAAACACUACUAUCGCUUGUGCUCAGUGCAGAGGCUGUCACUUGAGGUGUGCUGCAGGGUGAUGUGUUCCUAGGCUGUGAGCUCUCAGGAGACAGCUGUCAGAGUUGUGAUCCUCCAGCUGGCUCUGUCAUUGGAACAGUCUCUGGUUCAGACAGCUCUGAGGAACCCCUGUUUUCUGUGCUCUGUUGGUGAAGGAAGAAGUCUCUAAGAAGAAGGAAGUUUUAACCGCUGCAUAAGUUUUUGUAGAAGCCCUCACCCUCACAAGAAUGCCUGCUCAGAGUUGUUGGUUCUGCCACCCUGUGCAGCCACGUGUGACACAAUGCUCCUUCCACAUCUGUGUUCUUGAACAGGGAAGAGCCUGUAUUGAAUGCACACACCAGCUAUUGUAUGAGCAGAUCCCUUACUCUUGGGGGUGCUUGGGGAUGUUGCCAAAGGGCUGCCAGGUUGUCUCCCAGACCUGCCGAGUGUCCAGUCUCAUGCUGUCAUGGUUCUCGUGCCAAGGACUGGCACCGUGCUGGGGGUGGAUGGCAAGGAAUAAGAUAAGGAAUAUAGUCAAGGGCAGUCUAAUGGAGAGGCUGAAGGCACAUGGCAAAAGAGGAAAGAGUUUACAUGUUGUCACUGAUGGGUUUCCUUUAGUACAGGGAAUCUUUCUGGAUUGUACUUGGUAUUUCCUUUCUUCUUGCAAAUACGGUCCCCCCUGUUCAAACAGGGUAUUUCUGCAGCAGGUAUUUGCAGAGAGGGAGAGAGGUGUGGGGGAAGAUAAAAUCCCUGUGCAGGAGGAGACAGUCCUUCUAGAGAAACAGUUGUCCAGUCUCCUGGCCCAUACACAUUUUAUCUAUAAUAUCCCCAGAAGUUCCCUUCAGAUAGCACAUAACAAUGCUCUUUGGAGAAACGCUCAUGCCCUGUCAACAUCCCUGGUUUGAGCGAAACCUACUGCUUUCCUGUGGGUUGUUAAGGCAGUGGGACAGAGGGGAGGAAAAUCCUCACAGAAGAGCUAUUUCCCAGGCCUGACUGGAUUCUCUAGCUGUGCUCUUCCAUCAGAGUAUCUCCUGUGGUAGUGUCUGUUGACCUUCCUUGUACAGGAUGCUGCCAACUGAAAAAGCAGUUCUCUUGAUGGUGCAGGUAAAAUGUGUUUCUUGGAAGGACAAACCCUGACUUGCUGAUACUGCUGCCAUGUGCCGUUUCCAAGGACCAGAACGUGUUCAGUGUGCUGCAGGAAAAGGAUUUACAGGUGGCUGUUGCUUGCGAAUUUGUACAGGUGGGGAAGGCCAGAGUUACCAAGGGCUGUAAUUGAAAGUGCCUGUGUGUGCUAGCAAGGAGGGACUUUUGGCUCUUUUUCCUGCUCAUUCCUCACAUGAUUGGGCAUGUAUGAAUCUGAGAAAUCAUAUUGGUUCAGCUGGCUGACCAGGAACCUCUACAUCUGUUUUGGUCUGGGAGUCUUUGUCAUCCCCAAGUUCUGUCGUGUCUUUGAUCCUUCGUUUCUUUGUUCCUUGUCUGCACAGCACUGUGGCUUUGUUUGCACUUCCAUGUACUACGGAUGUCAGAGAACUCGCUGAGAAUAAUUUUCCUCGAUGUGAGUAACUGGUUUGCACUACAGUGCCAUUAGAAUUUGGCCAUCUGUAGCUUGCCUAUAACAAUCCAACCACUGGUUUUACAUCACCUUUUGCUGGGUUGGUGCGGUGCAGUGCUGUUGCAUCCGGUGUGACACACCCUUGUUCCCAAAGUCUCAGAGUUUGGUUUCAAUUUGUUACUCUCUGUUGCACCAUCCCCUCUAUGACUUGUAGCUACAACAGUACUUUAUGUUCAUGUUUUGAUUUUAUUUAUUCAUUUGAAAACCAUUUCAAGGUACUAAACCUUGAAGAUUUGAACCCAGAUAGCACCACUUCUCUGGUAGGAGACUGAAGCCUUGCACUAGAAAUGCUGGUGUGAGUGGAAGAGCCUGUGGCUCUUCAGUUGUGGGUUAAUAAAGGCUCUGCCGUGAGUUUCAUUUGAUAGUCCCGUGUUCUUUAAACUGUGAGAGCUUGAGUUGUCUUGGUGUAGAGUGGCUGGAGGUGAACAUCGAGGGUCACUGUUAUAUAGAAUCAGGGAUCCGAGGCUCACGUACACAGUGAGGACUGUGAGGGCUAGGCAGUGUUGUCCUUGUCACUGUAGACUGGAGGCAGAAAAGACAAGGUUUCUGUUUGACAAACACACCUAGAUUCUUGACCAGCAUAUUUUGGUCUGGCUUGUAGGAGGAGGUGAUAGGAAAGGAAGUAAAACAGAAGCUCAAGUUACUCACUCACCUUUCUAGCUGUGUUAAAUUGGCAGUUACUGUCAUAUGUCUGUGGCUGUCCUGUUUUAUUCCUGGUUUGUUGCUCCAGGCUAUGCCUGCCAGUGACUUGCAGUGGAGGUAUGGUUUUUGAUUUUGGACUUGUGGUGGUGGAUGAUGGCUGCACUGUGUUUAGCAAAGUGAGUGGUACAUGGGAAGCAUGCCAGUAGGGGCAUAUCUUCCCUUGAAUUUUUAGCAGUGUUUUUUACCACUGGGAGUAAAUUGUGCUGCAAAACAGUGUCUGGUUAGACAGCUUGCAAAGGAAAGGGAUGUUGUCAAGUGCUGGCAGAGUGUAUCCCCAAAUAUUAGGUCCUACAUCUGCUUGUGUUUCCUAGAGGAGAUGCAUUUUUUGACAUUUUGUUCCUUCUCAAAGUUGUACAAUAUAGGAGUGGUAUUGUAACCUUUUAUGAUCUUUUGAAUAUUCUCUGUAAGUGCAGACUUUUUCAGGGUUGUUGUUUGAGGAGCAGAGGGAUAGCAGAGCAUGGAUCUGCUGUGUGCAUUGGAAAUUUUUUAGUUCUUAUACUCUCCUCAUUAAAUGUGUUGCUCUUUCCACUUCUUAUCUUUACAAGACACUCUUUCUGGCCCAAAGAGAUGUUUUCAUCCCCCAGGCAGUAGGUGCUGGUUUUGUUAGUCCUGACUGUUAAAGCACGGGUGGCUCUUCCUGGCUUCUCAAAGGCAUGAAUAGUAAUGAAUUGGCCUCGUGGUGGAGGUGUGAUUAUUGGUGUGAGAAACAAGUUGUCUAUCCUAAUCUUCUCAGAUGGUAAGAGAAGGUCACACAGAGUUUUGUUCUACAGAAGGUGCAAAGACAAAGUCCCUGGGAAUUUGCCCCCACAAAAUGGCUGCUUUAAGAAACCUCUUUUGUAUUUAAUCCCCACUUCUGUUUCUGGCUUUAGAACAGAAAAAAUGCUAUUUGAAAUUUAUUUUCACUGUUUAACUUUUUCCAGAUACCUGUGCCCUUGCCUCGGUGCUGCUGUGGGCUCUGUGGCAUUUCAUAAUGCUUGGGAUCACAGAGCAACCCCAUGAAUGGCACUGGCCACCAUCAAAAUUUUUAAGCUUACGUGAUCUGCAGUUGGCAGAUUGUUGUCUCAGGGUAGGCUUGCUAUUUGCACCUUGUGAAAUUGGUACUUGACCAAGUAUAUGAUGGAAGAGGAACAGCAGAGCAGUGGGCUUGAAUGCAUGGAGGCUUCAACCUGCAUAUGUGGGCCUGCUUUCCAGAUGCUGUUUUGCUACUGGCUGCACAAGCAGAACAGUGACUUGUACAUGAAGCCGAAGUAGGCAUUGUGUUGAGAUUAUUUUGGGGUUUUGUUUGUUUUGGUUUGCUUGGAGGGGUUUCUGGUUUGUUGGGGGUUUCUUGUUUGUUUGUAGGUUUUGUUUGCUUUGUUCGUUAGUUUCCUAUUUUGGCUGAACAGAUUUACUAGAAUUUACCUGUGUAUUUUUACUUUUCCAAAGAAAAUGGAUUUACGCUCUCUGAAAGCUCUCUGAAAGUAACAAUGCUUGUAAGUAUAUUUCUGUCUGGCUCUUCUCCCUAUGUUUAGGCAAGGCUUUAGGAGUCCUGUCAUCCACAGAGUCCUCAGUAUUGGCCCAUGAGAGAUACCCUCUUGAGUCAGUGGAAAACAGACACAGGAAAAAAUGAAGGGAACCUCAAAACCUCAGUGUUCUGAGGGUGCCAUAGGAUUUAGCAUGGUGGAUGUCCGAGGCCAGAUGAAUUGGGUGCACGGAUGUGUAUUUGCACGUGCUUAUAAUUAAAGCAUACUCUGCAAAUGCCUGUACUGGUAACGGUGCGAGUGACUGAGGAUGACAGUGCCGACAGAUGGGGCAGGAGAGUGGCUGUACCAGCUUCCGUGGCAUUCAUAUCCAUUUCUUGCACAGACUUCUGUGGGGGCAGACCUGAGCAAGCAAGUCCGAUUCCUGCCCCUGCAAGCACCCUUGUGCAGCUUACGCCGUUGAGGGUGGGGUUUUAGGCAACUUGACUCAAAUGGGGAAGGGCGAGGGGAGACUACCUGGGUGGGGAGCAAGUUCAGUGAAGGCGAAUGUGAUUAAAAGUUCUUCAAACAGGCAGGUGCUAUUUUUAGACUAGAACUGGGUGUAUGGCAAAUGUUUUUGUAAAAUAUUUUAGCUUUAGCAAGCAAUGCUAUAGCUUCUCUUGGGUCAUUGUUCGCUAAACCCACAGAGAAGUAAUUUAUGAGUAGCUGUGGAGAUGCUUGAGUGUUUGGAGCAUUGUUGUUUGUGGUCUUUUUGCAUUGUUCUCUCCAUCCCUCCUCCCCUACUGCAAGGUCAUGGUGAGUCUCAGGGUAGAGUAACAGUCCCAGCGGUGGUCAAACUUCUGGCAAAGGUGUGCUUGUGAUAUUGCAGCUCCUUCUACAGGUGUGACUGCUCCACAUCACCUUCCCUUGCUUUAUAAGGUACUGGACCAAAUACCCACACGGAAUUUGAAUUAACACCCCUCCUUGUAUGUGCUCUUUUGUACUUUGAUGCUUUCUCUUUGGGUGGAUUAUUUUAACCCCACAUUGUUCAGGUGGGAAAGAAUUGGAGCUGUGUGACUGAAAAUGAAAAUAAAACUACAUAUGACUAAAUGAAGUUCUUGCACCUUUGUAAAUAUCGAAGAAGAAUUCUAUUGCUGUGUAAUGGCUGAAUCUGUUAAUUUAUUAAACCACAUGAAAAUCAAAACCUGA